AGAACCCGACGGAGGUGCUGCAGAGGGAGGAGGGGCGCAGCCGCCGCGGAGGCACAGAUUUCCCCCCAGGUGCUUCUUCGCGGUAGUGUCUCUGGCUACUGGACCUGUUGAAACCCACUUCGCGUCCCUGCUGCUAGGCAGCUGGACGCGCCGAGGCUGCGAGAACCGCCGCUGGAAACUUGCGGGGUGGAGAGGGACCACCCUGGGCUGCGACAGGCGCCCCGUCUGCGGCGAUCGAGGGCUGGGCUGCACGAGGUGGGCUCUCUCUCCGCAGCUGGUGGCCGAGCGCCAGGUGCGAGCCAGGUGCGGGAGCCGCUACUCUGGAAAAAGCACGUGUCCGCAUUUUAGGGACCGCUAGGCCGGUGUUUCCCUGUAAGCCCCCGAGUCUUUGAGAACCUUAUAAUGUCCCUUUGUGCCUCUUCUCACAAAGAGUUUCCUCAGCUGUUACCUAUUCAAGACAUGGAUAUCAAAAACUCACCAUCUAGCCUUAACUCUCCUGCCUCCUACAACUGCAGUCAACCCAUCCUACCCCUGGAGCAUGGCCCCAUAUACAUACCGUCCUCCUACGUGGAGAGCCGCCAUGACUAUUCAGCCAUGACGUUCUAUAGCCCUACUGUGAUGAAUUAUGGUAUUCCCAGCAGUGCCAGUAACUCCGAAGGUGGACCUGGUCAGCAGACCACAAGCCCAAAUGUGUUGUGGCCGACCCCUGGACACCUCUCUCCCUUAGCGAUCCAUUGCCAGUCGUCGCUUCUGUAUGCAGAACCUCAAAAGAGUCCUUGGUGUGAAGCGAGGCCACUAGAACCCACCUCACCUGUACACAGAGAGACACUGAAAAGGAAGGUUAGUGGGAGCAGUUGUGCCAGCCCUGUUACUAGUCCAAGUUCAAAGAGAGAUGCCCACUUCUGUGCGGUCUGCAGCGAUUACGCAUCUGGAUAUCACUAUGGAGUCUGGUCGUGUGAAGGAUGUAAGGCCUUUUUUAAAAGAAGCAUUCAAGGACAUAACGAUUAUAUUUGCCCAGCGACAAAUCAGUGCACGAUAGAUAAGAACAGGCGCAAAAGCUGCCAGGCCUGCCGACUUCGGAAGUGCUACGAGGUCGGGAUGGUGAAGUGUGGCUCCCGGAGGGAAAGGUGUGGCUACCGUGUCGUGCGGAGGCAGAAGAGCUCCGAGGAGCAGCUGCGCUGCGCCAGCAAAGCCAAGAAAGCCGGGGGCCACGUGACCCGCGUGAAGGAGCUGCUGCUGAGCGCCCUGAGCCCCGAGCAGCUGGUGCUCACGCUCCUGGAGGCGGAGCCGCCGCACGUGCUGGUGAGCCGCCCCAGCACCCCCUUCACCGAGGCCUCCAUGAUGAUGUCCCUGACCAAGCUGGCCGACAAGGAGCUGGUGCACAUGAUCAGUUGGGCCAAGAAAAUCCCAGGCUUUGUGGAGCUCAGCCUGUAUGACCAAGUGCGCCUCCUGGAGAGCUGCUGGAUGGAGGUGCUGAUGGUGGGGCUCAUGUGGCGCUCCAUUGACCACCCCGGCAAGCUCAUCUUUGCUCCAGACCUCAUUCUGGACAGGGAUGAGGGGAAAUGUGUAGAAGGAAUUCUGGAAAUCUUCGACAUGCUCUUGGCAACGACUUCAAGGUUCCGUGAGUUAAAACUCCAACACAAAGAGUAUCUCUGUGUCAAGGCCAUGGUCCUCCUCAACUCCAGUAUGCACCCGUUAGCCGCAGCAAGCCAGGAGGCUGACAGCAGCCGGAAGCUGACUCACUUACUGAACGCCGUGACCGAUGCUCUGGUCUGGGUGAUUGCCAAGAGCGGGAUUCCCUCCCAGCAGCAGCCAGUCCGCCUGGCUAACCUCCUGAUGCUCCUUUCUCACGUCAGACACGCCAGUAACAAGGGCAUGGAACACCUGCUCAACAUGAAGUGCAAAAACGUGGUCCCAGUCUACGACCUGCUGCUGGAGAUGCUGAAUGCCCACACGCUUCGCGGGCACAAGUCCUUGGUCACAGGGUCCGAGUGCAGCCCGGCAGAGGAGAGUAAGAGCAAAGAGGGCUUCCAGAACCUCCAGUCUCCUCAGUGAUGCCCAUCCUGGGGCGAACAGGCCACAGAGGAGGUCAGAGGCUGAAGUGUGAACCCCAGAUGGCACACGGCGAGCUCCAUCUGGAAGCGGGCGGGCUUCAUCGUCUUUCUCCUGCGUGGUCCCUCGUUGGGUCAUGGUAGGCUCAGCCACGUGCCGUCCUUCGCCUGACCUCUCCACUUCCCAGGAGUCAGGCUGAGAAAGCUAGGGAGCAUGUGUGAAUGCAGAGUUUACCUCUUGCUUGGCCUCAUAGAAUCUCAGUGUGGUUCCUUUCUUACUUUCCAUCUCCCUUCUGUUCCUCUGGGAAACAUCCUGAAGGUUUUGGAAUGAAUGGUGGAAAUGUGACGUGGAAGGUUUAUAAGGUAGAGAGGGAGAGAAUGAGGCACUUUAAAGAAGUGGACUAACCUUUAAAGAAAAUUUUUUUUAAAUGUUUAUUAUUUUUUUUUUUGAGAGAGAGAGAGACAGUGAGAGCAGGGGAGGGGCAGAGA